AUAAAUAAUUGUACAAAUUGGUAAUUAUAGUUUUAAAUAUUUUUGGUAACUUGUAUAAUUAUUUUUUUUCAAAAUAUGGACGAAGAAUGUUCUGUGCUUCAAGAAGAGGAAAGAGAAGCUUUGCUUUCUAUUUAUGAUGGUGAUGAAGCUUUUAAGCAAGUAUCUCCUACUAUUUAUCAGUACAAGUAUGGAGAAGAUAGUGACAAUAAAUCUUUUAUAUUGGAGGUUGAAUGGCAUAACAAUUAUCCAAAUGAAGCGCCCAAAAUAAAUUUAGAUAUGUUCUACAAUAAACACAUAGUUAGUUCAGUUAAAGAAAAUAUUAAAAAUAAAGUUUCAAAAGAGGCUGAUCAUUAUUUGGGAGAAUCCAUGACAUUUACUCUUUUUGAAUUUCUUAAAGAUUUUGCUGAAGAACUUGUUGCUGAUCAACCAGAUAAAGAAGUUAUUGAGAGUAUAACUAAACUUUCAAUAGAUAAUGAUGAUGAAUCUGCAAAAAAGAUAACAAAGAAAGAAACUAUGAGUAAAGCUCAAAAAAGAAAACAAUGGGAUCGUUUAGAUUCUAAAGGAGAAAAACCACGAGGAUAUGAUUGGAUAGACGUUGUUAAACAUUUAUCACAAACGGGAUCAUCCAAGGUAGAAAUAUCUACAUAAUUUAAUAAUGCUGUGAUAUGAAUUAUGAAUUUUUUGUUUUUGUGAAAAAUAUAUUUUCAUUUACA